CGGCAUAUGCGGGCCGGCCCGCAGUUGCCGCGGUGCUGCGAUUUUAGGUCUUCCUCUCGAGCGAUGCGGCGAGCCAGAGCGACCUGACCUCCCCCGCGACCGGAGCGCCGCCAUGGACGCCCUUCCUCCUCCGGUUCCGACGGAACCGGCCUUUCCUUCUCCCUGUACUACUUCCGCACCUCCAGCGCUCUUCUUCUUGGUCGGUUCGUCUGCUCCUCCCUCGAUUCCCAUCUUGGUCGGCGAUGGGCAGCCGGAGGCUAGGCCGAAGGCUAGGCCGGAAAUGAAGGCAAGCAAGAUAGGGUUCGAUGGCGGAGAGCCACAUCCUGGCACGGACGGCGUGGGGAGGGUGGGCGGCCAAGAGAUCGAUGGCGGUGAUCCACAACCUGGCACGGACGACGGUGCUGAUCCACAGUUGUGCAUCGACGCCGGCGGCAAGAAGCGGUCGCAGUGCAAUAACAAUGAGCGCAGGAAGCCCAACAAAAGCUCCAUCAUCCCCACCAUCAACAAGGCAUCUCAGAUUCAACUGGGAGAGGGCAAGCUUCACAAAGGGAAAACCCGAAAGCCAAGAUCAGAGAAAAUAAGAAAUAUCAAGGGAGACCUUCCAGUGGGUUCAAAGUCAACCAGUCCAUUACUUCGAUCUCCAGUCCAAUUAACAAGUUCACCAGGAGUUAAUAUGCUUGCCCGUUCUGUAGCAGUGAAAAGAGCAUCAGUAAUAGAAAGGGUUGCUUCCAUUAAAAGAGCAAAGAUGACAGGUUCACCUAAGACAUCACAGCACCCACCAAGUUUUACUCAAUUAAGUUCCCCUUCUCUUGAAGAUCUUUCACCUGGUACAAGAACUACCAAUUCACAUGCAUCAAAACGAAGACGCCGCAAGUUGAUAUCAGCCAUAUGGACAGAAGCUGAACCUAUCUAUAAGGAUGGGAAGCUUGUGGAAGGCAGGUGCAUUCAUUGUCAUCAAAUAUUUGCAGCUAGCAGAGACUCUGGGACCAGCCAUAUCAAACGACAUUUGAAGGUAUGCGAUGCAAAAACUGCAAUGACUGAAAUGGUUGAUAGGAUGGGUCGUUCUGAUUCAAAGGACCCCAAUUGGAAGUACGAUCCCAAGGUCGCGAGAAGGAAAUUGGUAAAACUAAUUGUUGUCAAUGAAAUGCCAUUUUCAUUGGUUGAAUAUGCACCAUUUAGAGAGUUCACGGCUUCAUUGAAUCCUUGGUUUGAAAAUGUUUCUAGGACAACUAUAAAAAAUGAGUGUAUGGAUGCAUUUAACGAUCACGGAAAUGCACUGAGAGAUUAUUUUGAAAAUUGUUCCUCUCGCAUAUCUCUCACAGGAGAUAUGUGGACCUCUAACCAGAAACUGGGAUACUUCUGCAUGACCUGUCAUUGGAUUUCUAAUGAUUGGAUUCUUCAUAAACAUAUUAUAAGGUUUGCUAUGCUAGAGACUCCGCACAACUCUGUUAACAUUUUCAAUAUAGUUCUAGACAGCCUUCGUGAAUGGAACUUAGAGGACAAAGUGUUUAGCUUUACAUUGGAUAAUGCAUCAGUAAAUACUGCCAUGGUCAACUUAUUGAGGACAAACUUGAAGAUGAAAGGUUUUCUGCUUUUAGAAGGGAAGCUACUUCAUUUCCGAUGUGCUACACAUGUGCUUAAUAUAAUUGUUCAAGAUGGUCUUCGAGUGCUAAAAACUGUUAUCAAUAACAUUAGAGAGAGUGUGAAGUAUGUGCGAAGCUCACAACAAAGAUACGAGAAGUUUCUUGGGAUAAUUAUACAAGAAGGAUUGUGUGAAACAUACAGUCGUCCUUGUGUUGAUGUGACCACCCGUUGGAACUCAACAUAUUUGAUGCUUCAAUCUGCUUUACCCCUUCGAAGUGCAUUUGUUUCCCUAGAGAAUCAAGAUAAGGAGUACACAUUUUCUCCUUCGAGCUCUGAAUGGACAUUGUCUGAAGCUGUAUUGAAUUUGUUGGAGAUCUUCUACACAGCAACCGGAACUCUGUCAGGCUCAAAAUAUCCAACCUCCCAUCUUUACUUCUACCAGCUUUGGAACAUCAAGAAAGUGUUGAAUACAGAAGAAUCAGUUUUGAACAGAAAAAUAUUGAAUGAGGAAGCAUCAAGUCAGGACACAACAAUUGCACACAUGGUCGAACAGAUGCAAACAAAGUUCAACCUAUAUUGGAAGGAGAUAUACAUGUCUGCUUGCAUUCCCGUUAUCCUUGAUCCGAGGUACAAGUACGACUUCCUUGAGUAUCACUUGAGUGACUUUGGAAGUGAAAAGGAGGUGGACACAUGGAUGAGUGAAGUGAAGAAUACCACGCAGAAGCUCUUCAAUGAAUACAAUCAACUAAUUUCUGGAGAGAUGCAAGAUUGUGAUAUUCAGGAGGUGCAAGAUCUUAACGACCCACUUGCAGAGUGGGAUCAGUACAUGAAGUCAAAAAGGCGACAGUUAAGCAAUGAGCUAGAUCAAUAUUUGAAGGAAAAGUUGACACCUCGAAGGGAGGAGAUUGAUAUUCUAAAAUGGUGGAAAGGAAAAUCUGAGAUAUAUCCAGUGCUCUCUGUAAUGGCUCGUGACAUAUUGGCCAUCCCAGCUUCAACAGUGCCUUCCGAGUCGGCUUUUAGCACCGGAGGACGCGUCGUCAGUGAUUACAGGAGCAGCCUCGCACCUACUACCAUUGAGGCUUUGAUAUGUCUACAGGAUUGGUUUAAGGCAGCCGACGCUAUGGAAAAUGAUGACUAGGAAUUUGUUUUGGAGCUUUCCUUGCAUCAUAACAGUUCAGUCCCAGUUGAGUUGGAGAUGACCUUGAAGAAAUACAAGCAAAGUUCAAGAACAUCAGUUCAGCCAAACAUCAUCGAUCCGGCCACGCUGCUGUUUUGAACAAGGAUGCAAAGAUCUUGAAGAAAAUAUCUUUAUGCUUCUGUGCAAUAUUUAACAAGUCGGAUUGAAUGUAAUACUCUGUUCUGAUGAAGUAGUAUUGUACUGUAGCUAUAACUAGCUUGAAGCUUUUGUAGCUUCUUAAUGCCUGUAGCUUCUGUGUCAAGAAUGUAUAUGGAACCGGAGUGCUCCAGCUCAUGGCUUUGCUUCUAGCCUGCAGCGUCUGCUGUGGGCACAGUUAGAACAACAAUAUGUAGUCCAAAUGUUAAUAUUUUUUCUCCUUUUGGUUUCUUUGGAUGGGAGCUGACUAUUUGGUGUUCUACAAUAAAAUGUAUUGGUGCUAAAA